GUCACAACAAACAUGGCGGCGCUCAGGCCAGGUAAUGAUGACAAGGCGUGGAACGAUCCUCCGGUGUUCGCCUACACCGAAGUCCAAGGCACACCCGCUGCCGCCGCGCCCAAGAGGAACCUCCUGAACAAGAGGGUUCCCUAUCCUCAGGAUGGAAUAAAGCCCCCGAGUGCACCAUCUGUGACAGGCUCGGCGCCGCCUCCUGCAGGACCGGCAACACCACCUGUCCCUUCACCUUUAAAAGCAGCCCAUUCUGAUGAGCCGGCAGAGGCCAGUAGUAAAGGUGACCAAAAAGAGACGGUAGGGGUGAACGAUGCUCCCACAGCAAGCCCUGCCUGUUCCCCAGAAAGCCUCAAGGAGGAGACAUUGAGCAAUCUCGACAAAGCCGUCGCACAGUGUGCACCGAACAUGGAGAAGAGAAAGCAAGAUGACGUAAGGAAACGACUAGAUGUACUCCGGAGUGUUUGGGAGCAGGGAAAGCUCAGCCUACCAGUGCAGCAGAGAAUGCACGAGUUAGCACUGGAGCUUUCGAAUGGAAAUCACGAGAAGGCAAAUGCGUUUCACAUUUCCCUUAUGGUGGACUACGUAAGCGAGGUCAGCCAGUGGAUGCUUGGCAUCAAGCACCUAAUUUUAGCAGCCCAGGCAGCACAAGAAAAGCCUGCUAUUGAUAAGCAGGAGUCCACUUGACCAUUGCCGGAAAAGUGUUAGGCACAUUCAAAAACUGCCGACACAGGCUACUCUUGUUUUUUAAAUUGAUUUCAUUAGUAGGACAUUGAGAAAGAAAAAAGCAGCUAACUUUCUCCUGCGAAGGCAAUCAUUGGGGUAAAGUUUUAUGGGCACCUCUGCAAAUAUAAAUGAAACUUCAGACCUUAAUUUGUGCCUCACGGCAUUUAUUGUGGUAGAGAUGUCACAAAAUUUAUAAAUAUAAAAGCUUUUUUCGGUAUA